AUGGGAGAAAAAGAAUUAAAUGUAACUAACACAAAUAUUACGCUAUGUGCAUAUAACUGUCAAAGCUUUAAAUCGAAUUCAUAUUAUAUUUCUAAGUUGUUAAAGUCUUUCGAUAUUAUUUUUAUAUCAGAACAUUGGCUUUUAAAUAUUGAGAGUUUUUUGUUAAAUAACAUUGCAUUACUAACACACAAAGUUUUUUUUCAUGCGGCAGAAAAAAAUACACACGGUAGACCAUAUGGAGGAAAUGCUUUUAUGGUACGAAAAAAAUUGUCGUCUUUUUACAUAAUACAUGAAGAUGAAAACAUUCUUGCUAUUAAAGGCACACUUAACAAUCGUAACUUAAUUUUUAUUGGUGUUUACCUUUCAUCUUGUCGUAAUAAUAACGAAUCAUACGCAAAAUACUCUUCUCAGCUACAAACAAUCACUUCAAUAAUGAACAACUAUGAGGAUGAAGGAGAAUGUAUUAUUUCCGGAGACUUUCAGUCAUUUCCAUAUAAAAUAUAUGAUUCAGAGAUUCGUAAAAACAAAACUAGGAACAAUUUCUCAAAACAUCUCACUAAUUUUAUUGAAUCAAAUCAGCUCGCUUUUGUCGAUAUAAUCAACGGUGCUGGGCCUACUUAUACCUAUCAACAUAAAACUCUUUCUAAUUCUUCUUACAUUGACCAUAUUGCAUCCUAUAAACAGACAGAACUAUGUUUUACAAACUGUCAAGUUAUGCAAUCUUCACCGCUUAACCUUAGUGAUCACCUUCCGGUGUCUACGAAUAUUAACUUUGAAGGUACCGGCUUAUCACACGAAAUAAAUAAUAUAAUGCAAAAAUAUAAUUCAAUACCAAAACAUGCAUGGAAUAACGAAAGGUUUAUUGACUUUUAUAAUCUCAAUCUAUCAAAAGCAUUUACUAGUUACGCAUUUAAGGAAGAUAAAAUAGAAGAAGAAAUUCAAAAAACAUGCUUAUAUAUAAAAAAUGCAGCUCUCUUGGCAGUUAAACAAUGUUUCGGACAAAAAGAAUUUUAUAAGUACUCGAAACCUUGGUGGACACCUGAGCUUAAAAAAAUUAAAGAUAAUCUCUCCUUUCACUUUAGACAAUGGCAAAAAUCAGGCUAUAAUAAGUCAACAGAAUGUAUAUCCUACAAAAGAUUUAUUUAUUCCCGAAAAAACUUUCGUAAAGCUAACAAAAACGAAAUCGUCGAAGAAUUUAGUCAUCAUUUCCAAAAACUACUUAAUACACCGCAAUAUACAAAUAACGAGUUCAAUCCUCUCCAAAUUCCACAUUUAAGUAAAGAGCCUAAUUCAAAAGUUAUCUCGACAGCUGAUAUUGAAAAAUGUAUUUUAAAGCUUAAAAAUAAUAAAUCUUACGAUUGCUAUGAAAUCAGUGCUGAACAUCUUAAAAACUCUCACAACAAGAAUCUUCUUAUUUUACUUUCGUCGUUUUAUAACAAUAUGUUAACAAAUGGAAAGGUUCCACACGGUUUAUCAACCGCCAAAAUUAUCCCAUUAGUCAAGUCUUAUAAAACAUCACUAGAAAAUCCAAAUAACUAUCGAGGAAUCAGCAUUAUACCAAUUUUUACAAAACUUCUCGAAUAUCUUAUCAUACACAUAUGUCCAGAUAUAACAGAAAGUCAUUCCCAUCAAUUCGGUUUUAAAGAAAACAGCUCUACCCUCCACGCAGAAUUUCUUCUGAGUGAAACAAUAAAGCACUAUAAUCAUAAUAACUCACCGCUAUAUAUAUGCAGUCUAGACGCCAACAAAGCUUUUGACAGUUGUAAUUGGGAAUUACUAUUCGAGAAACUCUAUUACCAGAAAAAAAUCCCAUUAUCUAUAGUUCAUACAAUAUUAUCACUAUAUCAAACAGGAACUUCUAAUAUAUCAUAUCUUGGAUGUACAUCAAACAAAUUUAGGCUGUCUCAGGGAGUGCGUCAAGGAUCCAUACUGUCGCCUCAUCUCUACAAUAUCUACACAGAGAACCUUCUAGAGAAAAUUGUUUCAGAAUCAAAAGUUGGAACUUCAAUAAAUGGUGUAUACACAGGUAUCAUUGCAUAUGCUGAUGAUAUAGUUUUACAAAGUUCCACUAUAUCUGGUCUUCAGAGCCUUAUUAACAUUGUUCAAAAGUAUGGACUAUCGAACUUUAUUAAACUGAAUACAGAAAAAACUGAAUUUCUAAUAUCUGGAAUAAGUUCGAUUUUAAUUAACGUUAUUUAUAUUAACGGUGAUCCUAUCAAGCCUCAAAACAAUCUAAAACAUCUUGGUCUUAUAAGAAAUGGACUUCGCUUUUGCCAGCCUGCUACCAUAGUUCAUUUAUUUAAUUCUUUAGCUGUUCCAACGUUGUUAUACGGAUUAGAACUGUGUGGAAGCAGCAAUAAGUUUCUAAAUAGCAUUGAUAUAGCUGGACGAUCUGUCUUAAAAUCCUUCUUUAAUAUUUCAAAGCAAAGUAGAAAUUAUCUACAUUCUUAUUUCAAAGUAGACGCUGUGUCAGACAUUCUUUUUCGCAACAAGUUAAAUCUAUUUAUCAGGCUUUUAAACAACCCCAUAUGUUACUCGAUUAUACGGACUCAGAUGCCUUUAAUGAAUCAACGAUCAUUUGUGGGUGAGGUAAUGAUAAUGUGUAAGAAAGCUGAUAUAAACAUGCUCCAAUUUAUGAUCGAGGGUAAGAAAAUUAUAAUUGCACGCCCUCAGGAAGCAUUGGAGGCCAAUGUUGCGGCGAUCUUAAAACAAUCGUUCCAACACUGGAAUUUAAAGGAACAAAGAGAAAUAUUUAGAACGCUGAUGGAGGAAAACAUUCCAAGAACGAUGCAAGAAAAUACUUAA